CAAGUGAUCUUGAAGAGAUAGAUGGGCACGUCCAGAUAAACCUACAAUCAGGGUUUGAGGAUUUACAAGUCAGGAGUAAAGGAUCUAAAAUCAGUGCGCAAGCUUGUAAUAAACAAGAAAAAUUUCAAAAACAACAAGUGUUGGAGAUCAAGAAAAGUGAAUUGAUUGAUAUGAAAAAUGAAAAUGAGAUCAUUAUAUCAAGAGAUAAGCUAAACAUGUAUUAUUUGUAUAUACCAAUAUCUCUUUCCAUAAAAAAUAAAAAAGAAGAAGAAAUAAUUAGUCUAAAUUCUAGUGUUAGAUCAUUUAUAACAAGAUAUAAUUCUAGUGAGAAUAUUGUAGAGUUUUGUAAUAAUAAUUUCUCUAAAUUAUCAAGACUCUGUAUUCGUCAUGAUAAAUAUCAAAGUUAA